AUGGGUCGGGACGGGCCGUGGCUCAACCUGUCCGGCAGCGCCUGUGCGGCGGCCGGGCCCUUCCCCGCCGGCACCGCCGCGCUGCUGGCCGCGCUCAUGGGGCUGCUGGUGUUGGCCACGGUGCUGGGCAACGCCCUGGUCAUUCUGGCGUUCGUGGUGCACCGGAGCCUCCGCACGCAGGGAAACUUCUUCUUCCUGAACCUGGCCGUCGCCGACCUGCUGGUGGGCGGCUUCUGCAUCCCCCUCUACAUCCCCUACGUGCUGACGGGCGAGUGGAGGCUCGGCAGGGGCUUGUGUAAGCUGUGGCUCGUGGUGGACUACCUGGUGUGUACCGCCUCCGUCUUCAACAUCGUCCUGAUCAGCUUCGACAGGUUCAUCUGUGUCACCAGAGCGGUCAGCUACAGGGCUCAGCAAGGGAUGACCAGAAAUGCAGUACUGAAGAUGAUGAUUGUAUGGAUUGCUGCUUUUCUCCUCUAUGGGCCAGCCAUUCUCAGUUGGGAGCACAUUGCCCAAAAGAGCAUCCUCCCUGAAGGAGAAUGUCAUGCAGAAUUCUUCUACAACUGGUAUUUCCUAAUGAUUGCCUCUACUGUUGAAUUCUUUACACCUUUUAUCACUGUUACGUACUUUAAUUUAAGUAUUUACCUUAACAUCAGGAAACGCACAUUGCUCCGAAAUGAAAAACUCUCACCUGCUCAAGAGGACUGUGAAAUCAAUUUCCAGAGGGAAAAAAGGGAACACACUGUGUUUUUUGUAAAGCCAACUAACAGAGACAAGCACGAGAAGAAAGCAAGCAGCCUUCUUCACCUAAAGAAGGCUCCAAGACUUCAGGCCUCAGCUGAGCUUGGCAAUCAGCCAUCAAAUCUGAGUGUCAGUCAUGACCUUCCACCCCUGCAGGUGGAUGUAAAGACCAGGCCUCCCAGGAAUGGCUUCUCCAAAGCAACAGAAAGCCUUUGCCAGCCCAGCAGCAAAGUAGACGUGGCUAACAUUAUGGCAAACAGAUUUAGACUUUCCCGGGAUAAAAGAGUAGCAAAGUCUUUAGCAGUUAUUGUCUGUGUGUUUGGGUUGUGCUGGGCUCCAUACACACUCCUGAUGAUCAUCAGGGCAGCCUGCCAUGGGCACUGUGUGCACUAUUCCCUCUAUGAGAUCUCAUUCUGGCUUCUGUGGGUGAACUCAGCCAUUAACCCUGUUCUCUACCCACUGUGUCACAUGAGCUUUAGGAAAGCCUUCAUAAAACUCCUGUGUCCACAAAAGGCCAAAAUUCAUCCUGACAUUUUGAUGUGA